GGAAAAAGGCAGGUCGCCUAUGUUUUCCGGUCGUGUACGUCCUGUCUCUGUGGUGGGUAUGCGUACAUGGCUUGUACAUGUACAUGUACUGGUACUGGCAUGGCACACUCGCACAGCAGCAGCAACUAUGAGCAAUUUGCAAUGCAGACGUACGUAGGCUAGGCUAUACGGGUUACACACAUCGUUUUUAUGGGUAGAGAUGGCUCUGUACGUACGCCUCCAUGAUUAGGAUUUUCUACCUCAGCCCGCCGUACAGAUAUUUAAUACUAGUCUUUUCUCCAUGGUCUGAGCUUUUGGGAAAUGAGCCCGUUCUUCGGCGAAUAUUCAGAUAACCACACCACGGCUGUUUGGGUUUUUCGUUGUGCUCUUGGAAAGCUGUUCGGAUGCUGCAGCGUUUUUCCAUUCGCAGUUGAUCGUGGAACCAAAUGCCAUUGAUGUGCUUCUCUUGAAUUCCCGAGUUCCUCUGCAGCGAUCAUGACGAUAGCGUGGCGAUGUGCACAUAAGGAAUAGACGUAGGCUGGUUAGCUGCCAUUAUUUGGCUUCGGAGCUUUGCAAAUUUAUUAAUUGUCAUUGUCAACGUGUGACUGAUAAGUCAAAAGGACACCAAGGAAUAAAAAUGGCGGAUCUUGAAGCCGUGCUCGCUGAUGUGAGCUAUUUGAUGGCGAUGGAGAAGAGUAAAUCAACUCCGGCUGCCAGAGCUAGCAAAAAGAUAGUGCUCCCUGACCCUAGCAUACGGAGUGUUAUGUACAAAUACCUGGAGGAAAGAAAUGAAAUAACCUUUGAGAAGAUUUUCAAGCAAAAACUUGGUUUUCUACUCUUCAAGGAUUUUUGCGAGAACGUCUCGGAGGUUCCAGUACCACAAUUGGAAUUUUACGAGGAGAUAAUGGAGUAUGAAAAAUUGGACUCUGAAGAUGAGCGACUGAAGCGAGCUAGGAAAAUAUUUGACAAUUAUGUCAUGAAAGACCUUCUUUCAAGUUCACAUCCAUUUUCAAAUGAGGCUGUUGAGACAGUCAGACAGAAUUUGACCAAACGAGAAGUGUCAACGGACCUCUUCAAGCCUUACAUCAAGGAGAUCAUGAACUCGCUAAGUGGAGAAAUAUUCCAGAAGCUUUUAGAGAGUGAGAAAUUUACUAGGUUUUGCCAGUGGAAAAAUGUAGAGCUAAACAUAAAUCUAACAAUGAAUGACUUCAGUGUACACAGAAUAAUCGGCAGAGGUGGAUUUGGGGAGGUGUACGGUUGUCGGAAAGCAGACACAGGCAAAAUGUAUGCAAUGAAAUGCCUGGAUAAGAAGCGGAUCAAGAUGAAGCAGGGAGAGUCUCUGGCCCUCAAUGAGCGCAUCAUGCUCUCCUUAGUCAGUGAGAAUGAUAGUCCAUUCAUUGUGUGCAUGACAUAUGCAUUCCAGACACCAGACAAGUUGUGCUUUAUUCUGGAUCUCAUGAAUGGUGGUGAUCUACACUACCAUCUGUCCCAGCAUGGAGUGUUUUCAGAGAAAGAAGUUCAGUUCUAUGCAACUGAGAUCAUCCUUGGCUUGGAGCACAUGCACAAUCGCAGUGUGGUCUAUCGCGACCUCAAACCAGCCAACAUUCUCUUAGAUGAGAAUGGUCAUGUAAGAAUCUCGGAUCUUGGUCUAGCCUGUGACUUCUCCAAGAAGAAACCACACGCAAGUGUAGGAACUCAUGGCUACAUGGCUCCAGAGGUUCUAUCCAAGGGAACUGCCUAUGACUCCAGUGCAGACUGGUUUUCAUUCGGCUGCAUGUUAUACAAGUUGUUGAAAGGGCACAGUCCAUUCAGGCAGCACAAGACAAAGGACAAGCAUGAGAUAGACAGAAUGACACUUACUAUGGAUGUGGAGUUCCCUGAUUCUAUGACAGAUGAGAUGCGGUCUUUAUUGGAAGGCUUGUUGCGUCGUGAUGUGCCCGAUAGGUUAGGCUGUAUGGGCAGAGGAGCUCUGGAGGUCAAGGAACAUCCAUUCUUUAAGGGUAUUGAUUGGAUACAGGUUUCAUAUCAGAAGUACACACCGCCAUUAAUUCCCCCACGAGGUGAAGUCAAUGCUGCUGAUGCCUUUGAUAUUGGUUCCUUUGAUGAAGAUGAUGUCAAAGGGAUCAAGCUAGCAGAAUCAGACCAGGAGUUGUACAAAGACUUCCCACUGACUAUCUCGGAGAGAUGGCAAGAGGAGAUUGCUGAGACCGUCUUUGAAGCAGUCAACUUGGAUGCAGACAAACAAGAAGCUAAGAAGAGGGCCAAGAAGAUGGAUGAAGGAGAGUAUGCCAUGGGCAAGGAUUGCAUCAUGCAUGGCCAUAUUUUCAAGCUUGGUGGGCCUUUCUUGAACUCAUGGCAGCGACGCUAUUUCUACUUGUUCCCCAACCGACUAGAGUGGCAAGGAGAUGGUGAAAAGGGAGUCAGUUCGCAAAAUGUUCUGGUGAUGGAGCAUGUAUUGAGUGUUGAGGAGACAAUGGUCAAAGGCUGCAAAUGCAUACAGUUGAAACUGAAGGCAGGCAAGAACUGUAUCCUAAGGACAGAGAGUGAUCCAGAGUACAUCCAAUGGAGAAAGGAGAUCAAGGAAGCCUUUGAUAAGGCUCAACAGAUGUUACGUCAUGGUCCUAAGAUGCUGGCUACACAAGGUACGUACAAUGUGAACAGAAAAAGUGCAGUACUCCAUGCGCAAGUCAGCUAACACCAAGAUGCAUCAACUCUGUCUUGACAUACACGUCCAGGUGAUCUUCACAAGAUGAAGUGAGUUCCUUGCUAUGCCUGGGCUGGUGAUGAUCCAGCAAGAUUGGAUGUUGCUCCUUGAAGCGUUGUGUCACAGACUCAUCAUCACUACUCUCCUUUGUUGGAGGAAGAGGUAGUCCUCAAUUAUAUUUUAAAUUUAAGAAAUAUUUUAAAUAUAAGGAAUAAUCCCACCAUACAUACUUAUUGAUUCAACUACACUAUUUUUUCAGCACAUUUUUCAAGCAUACCACCAAUAGCGUAGUGACAAAAUUGGGGGAUAGGGGGACCAAUGUUUUUGUUUAGACGACGCCAGCGGUGAAAAGGCUCAUAUUGAAAUUUCAGCAAAGAUAGACAAUCUUUAGUUCACAAGCCUUUUUUGGGCCUUAUUGGGGAUUUCGAUUGGGUAAGGUCAAUUCAGUUUAAACCUUAAAAUAAUAAUAAUGACAAUAAAUAAAUAAAUUAAUGAAUAUUAUAAAUAAAUAAAUAAAGCAAAUAAAAAGUAAGAAAUCCAAACUUGAUGUACAUUUCACUUUGCCUUGACAUGUAUUUCUGUAAGGCACCACCAUAUAUAAAAGUACUGUUAGCCAGUAAUGUUUCAUGUGAAAAUAGUAUCAUCCGUGUUUGGCUGGAAAUUGAUUGUCUUAUAAUAGAAUCACAAUCAUAGUUUGCACAUGCUAGGAAUACAUAUUAUUUACUUAAGUGUGUUAUGUUUACUGUAAGGAGAAAUGAUUUAAGAAAUAUUAUAAAUGCAACCAACAACAGCCCAUCAGUCCAAUGAAACCUGUGAAACACAAGCAAUUAGAAUGAGGGAUGUUUAGUGUGUCUGGGUAGGCUGGUUGGUAUUAUUUCAGUCAAGAUUCUUUUGAAUAUUAUUCCAAUUUAAAGUGUAAAACAGCUGGUCAUUAUCGUCAGGCUUUCAUGUUGGCAUAGAUGAAAUUGAGCUGAAUUGUGAUUUUUAUACUGGAUCAUCUAUUCAUCUUGAAAACAAAAUCAAAUCACAAACUGCAAUAAAAGCAGAUAAGGUCAAGAUGAACCUGCUUGGAGAACAUUUCUUUGAAUAUUAGCUACUGAGAUAACUGAAUCACAUGUAUGUGGGAUACGUUCAUCCACUGCGUAUUCCACAUUAAUAAUUAAAAGCAUUAAACAAAGAAGGAAAAAAGGAUGCAUUAAUUAAUUGAAAUAUACAUAAAUCCUAUUUAUUUUUUAGAAAAUAUUAUAUUAAAUAGUACAAAGAAAGUGAGGUUAUUGAAAUGAAAUUUACUAACUAGGAAGGCGCCAACAUCUAGAACAUGUUCCAUGUGACUCAGCUACUGGUCAGUCAUGUAUGUCCUUCCAUUGCACACUGUUAUGUCACUUGUCUGUAUAAAUUAUGCACAGGGUAGUUAAUGUAGUGAAUGACACAUAUUUGAGACUUGUGUGGAUACAAUUUGCUUGCCCUUUUUUAGUUAUACUACUCAAAAAUAAAUAAUAAAUAAAAUGAAGUGUACCAUAAAAUUGGUAUUUUUCAGUAUUUUGUAAAAUAGAAUUUAUUACUGUAUAAAGAGUAAUAUAUUGCUCACUUUAUAAUGCUUGAAUAUCAAAUGGUGGUAAUGAGAUCUAAGGUUGCUAGCCCACCUGAUUCACAUGCUGUCGUGUGUGUGUAUUGGUUAGGAUGUUCAUCCAUAGCUAAUAUCCCACCUCCUUAUAUAGUUCAUCCAACUCACUCAGCAGUUGCUGGCUGCUUUUUAAAAACUUCCUUCUUGCUACAUAAAUACAUUUAUCUGCAAGCAAACUUGAAUCCUUGACCCUGAUUGGUUGAUCCAUGGCAGCAAGUGUGAUAUACUGCUCAGCGUGUCACACUAUUCCAAGAUGAAUGUGCCAUUCCCGGCUGCACGCACAUGUAAUAAGAUAACCACUGAAACAUUCAUCGUUCACACAGCGUGCGUGUUCCAUCUUUACUGUGCUUCAAGUUUGCUUGUAGAUAAAUUUGGUUAAUACCCCACUCUCUCUCGUGGAACAUGGAAAAUGUAGUGCGUCUGUGUCCCACAUACAUGUACCACUUGGCCUUCGGCCACGUGGUACGUAGGACACAGACGCACUACAUUAUACAUGUACCAUGUUCCACUCGUGCUUGUGAGAUCAUUUUUGGGAAGGGAUAAUAUAUUAUUAGGCCAAGUGUUAGCCAGAAAUAUACUUUUCAUACUUUUAAUGAGUGUGUACAAUGCUGAAUAUUUGGUGACAGGAUAGAUGCCCUUGUACAGUAUGCAGGCACUGUGUUCUUGGGAAGUUUGCUGUUGGGAAUAUUUGGGCCGACUGUAAGUUCGUUGUCAUCUGACUAUUUCUGGUUGUACCUGUAUGUGUUGACUAGUUCAUAAUUCUGCCCAAAAUAUAUUUGAUGGGGUAGGGAGGAAAGAAGGGUCUUGGGCCCUCUCUUUGCUUGAGGAUCAUCCUCCAACGGCAUCCAGUGAAUCAGUCAAGAGUUACCUCCUGAUUGUAUCAGUUAUAGUCUCCUCAUUUUGUUGGAGGAAUACAUCGCAUUAAACAAAAUAUAAGGUUUGUUAGUUGUUUCGGUGAUCAUUUUCUCAGAAAAUGCAAUUGUUCAUUUCCUGUGUACAUUGUUUGCCAUCCACGUUAGAAAAUGAAGUGAGCAUGUAGUUACAGGCCUGGUUUCCUAUAAGAGAACAUUAUCCACUUUUGAUGUAUUUCACUUACCAAUCUAGUUGGCAACAUGAAGAACGUGCAGGUGUGUCAUAGAUAGAGGGCAGGGUUUUGCAUUUUUGAGGGAAAUUUGGGAGUAAAAUGAUGAUGAAAACAACAAAAUGCAAACGAAAAUGAAGUUCACCGCGCGAUGUACUGUGAACGCGCAAGGCAUGCUGAAUCGCACGGUUGGCAUAAACCGCAUAUGAAAAUCUUAAUUUCUACCCCAAGAAACUGUUCAAAAUUACAAAAAAAACAGUGCCGUAAGAAAUGAAAGAAGUUAACUUUAGAUCGGAAAGGUCAUUUUUGUAUGAUAAAAAACACCCUUGACUCUAAUUUGGUCGAAACUAAAGAGGGGCCCGUAACUACACGAUCGCUGAAAAUGAGGUGGUUACAGCAAGGCAGGUCUUGUAUCUAAAUCAGUAGGCUCUAUAUAUUACGAAGAGAAACACACAAAUGUAUACUAGUGGUGCUAGCGGCAAAUCAGUGAUUUGUAUAUACUUCUAGUUAUUCUGGCUUUUCAAGGCAGAAUCUGUAUGUAAUAAAACUUUAUUAUUAAAAUAUUAUUUGAAAGAAAGAUGUUCUCUAUUUUGCACAUCCAUGUAAAUUCUAUGUAACUGUAGUGGGUACAGAAGACCAGACAGCCACAAUAGAUAUAUCUUCAUACUAAAUAAAGCGCCAGCGCCUUGAGCACCUAAUUGUUGGUAGAUAUGUGUGCUAUAUAAGACUCCGUAUUAAAUCAAGCCACAAAGACCGACUGUAAACCACUUGGUGCUGAAACUUGUUUUGUGUGUAGGUUAUGGUCAAACAAUUGGCAUUUGUCAAAUGGGAUUUUCUUAUUUCAUUGGGUGUAAUUAUUAUAGUGCUUAGUCGGUGGAAAUGUGUCUUCACUUGGUUCUAUAUAAAUUGUGUGAAAAUAUUCAAAAUUAACAGCUACCAUUUGUGCAUUCAUAGAUUAUAACUAGUGAAUAGACAAGGAAAUACAUGUAAUUUAUGUGGUUUGGAAGGCAAUGCAUUGUUGAAAUACUGACAUGUACAAAAUAUUGAAGAUUAAGUUUAAUUAUGAAUCAACUUAAAAGUUGACUACCAUGUUAAUGUCUUGAUAAUUUACACACAGAAACAUACAUAAUAUUGAAGACAGACUCACAACCCAAUGGACCAAUCUGUUUGAUAUAACCCGAACCACACCUCCUCCGCAUAUACGGAGAAAUGCUUUCCCAUAGCAUAAUAAACACGAUGUCUUUUAUUAGGAGCAAUAUGGAAGUUAUGUAACUUGAUAUUUUAAUAAAAUAGCAAGACUAAGUUGGCAGUGAGCCAUCUUGAGUUAUACAA